CAUUUCUUCCCCAGAAAAGUAAAAUUUCUUUCAGAAUUCGAAAUUGAAACUACUUACGCUAUCAGCAUCACCACCACCCUGAGAUUAUCACAGAACAUAAUCGUUAUAUCAAUUUAACUAUCUGUUUAGUUCAAAGAUUCCAUAACCAUAUUCAUACAAUCUUUAAAAACAAUGGUUACUUUGUGUUUAUUACAAAGUGGGAUUCCUGGUAUAGUUCCUUUAAUCACUUCUAUUAGUGCAACUACUACUACUUCACGUGCCAAUGAUCACGUUCACGUGCAUCAAUCUCACGUAACCACAGUGAGGCGAUCAAACAAGUCCUCCAUGUUUUCCAGAUUCAUAGGUAGCUCCGCCAGAAACAAUUGCCUUGCAGCAGUCAACGACGCCUUCACCGCGGAGAAUGCAGACAGAACUGUGAAAGAAGGAGAUGGACAAAAUGGGAACUGGGUUUUCAAGGUUUUUGAUCUUAAUUCUGUUUGGAAAGGGGAACAAGAGAGUGGUGAUAACGACGGAGAUGAAUGUGAUGUUUGUAGAGUUGAUGAAGAGGUAGACGAUGAAAAUGAAGAUGAAGAGAUUCGGUUUGAUAGAGAGUCGUUUUCUAGAAUGCUUCGUAGGGUAACUUUAGUUGAAGCAAGAAUGUAUGCACACAUGUCUCACUUGGGGAAUUUGGCAUACUCUAUUCCCAAUAUCAAGCCAGGGAACCUCUUGAAAAGGUGUGGUCUGCGUUUUGUAACUUCGUCGAUAGAGAAGAAGGAACUGGCUGCUUCAAUUAAGAAAGAAGAAACCAAUGGGAAAGAUGCCGGAGAAAGAAAAGUGGAAAAGAAUGGUGAAUUGAAGACAAGUGCAUCUAAUGCUUGUGAGAUUGCAGUGGUUGAAGGUUCAGUUGAAGGAAGCAACGGGAGCGUUGAUACUGUGAACAUGAUGGACACUGAUGUUGGCUGUUUGAUGGCAACUACCAAUUCAAUGACAGCAGUUGUUGCCGCAAAUGAGGAAGUAAAACAAUCUUUUGCAGAUGAUUUAAACUCAACAAGUUCUUCACCCUGUGAAUGGUUCAUAUGCGAUGACGAUCGUAGUUCUACGAGAUAUUUUGUUAUUCAGGGUUCAGAGUCAUUUGAAUCCUGGCAGGCAAACCUACUUUUUGAGCCAGUUCAAUUUGAGGGGUUAGAUGUCCUUGUCCAUAGAGGUAUAUAUGAGGCUGCUAAAGGGACAUAUCAGCAGAUGUUACCAGAGGUUCAUGCUCACCUAAAAUCUCAAGGUUCUCGGGCAACUUUCCGUUUCACAGGCCAUUCUCUUGGAGGAAGCUUGGCAUUACUUAUAAAUCUUAUGCUGUUGAUUAGGAAGGAAGUGCCGAUUUCUUCUUUGCUUCCCGUGAUAACCUUUGGCUCCCCCUCCAUCAUGUGUGGAGGCGAUCGUCUGCUCGAAAAGCUAGGAUUACCGCGGAGCCACGUUCAAGGAAUCACAAUGCACAGAGACAUAGUACCGCGAGCAUUUUCAUGCACGUACCCUAACCAUGUCGCAGAAUUACUAAAGGCUGUUAAUGCCAGUUUCCGCAGUCAUCCUUGUCUUAAUAACCAAAAGCUGCUAUAUGCACCGAUGGGAGAACUAAUGAUUCUACAACCAGAUGAAUUUUUUUCACCUAGCCAUCAUCUUUUGCCACCGGGCAGUGGUCUAUAUCUUUUGAGUGGUCCUCUUUCGGAAUCAAAUGACACAGAGAACCAGCUCAAAGCUGCUAAAUUGGUCUUCUUGAACUCACCACAUCCACUCGAGAUAUUAAGUGACCGAUCCGCCUAUGGACCUGGAGGAGCCAUACACAGAGAUCAUGACAUGAAUUCGUACUUAAAAUCUGUUAGAACCGUGAUUCGCCAAGAACUUAGCCAAAUCCGCACGGCGGCAAGAAGAGAACUACGACGAAAGGUGCGGUGGCCUCUUGUGGCACGACGUGUAAGUGAUGCGGACAUUGUUGGUGGGAGAUCCAUGGUAUCUGUCCAUAUUAUUCAAGACCAGCCUCCCUUUUCAGGGAUUAAACAGACAGGUAGAAAGUCCUUGAAAAGGUUUUGUAGGCUUGUUGCAUCCCAACAUAUGCAACUGUUUGUAGUGUUCUUGCUUCCUACUCUCGGAAACAUAUAACUUGAUUAACUUAAGAUGAAAAGCUGUUGGUGCCUAAUUUGUCCGUUAGGACAGUUGUAGAGAGGGUAAAAUGGCACAUGGUUGGUAAUGGUGGAGUUACAGUUAGAUGAUUCUUUAUACAACUAUACAUUGCUUUCAAAAUUGAAAGUAACGUGUCUUCCAUGAUUAGAGAUUGUAUAGAAAAUAAGACUCAAACAUUAACAUCACAAAAUUAAUGGGUUUAGCUUGUUUGUGUGGUACAAGGAAUUCAGAGUUUGGUAUGCUUGGUCGCGCCAAGAAGUGUUGGUCGAAAUGAAACCUUCUCAAUAUGGUAUUCAUUAGAGCAAUUAGAUACAUAAUUAUUUGUCUGAAAGUGUAAAUCCCACAUUUUUAGAAGUAUACUACUACUUCAGAUGGCAUAAAUUGUCUGAAAGUGUAUUCAAACACACAAAACUAAUUUUUUUUCUUUUCUGAAUGUGUACAUUUAAGUCCAUGUUGAAGCCUUGAAGGUGGAUAAUUUGUCUCUCUUAUUACCGAA